AUGGGAAUACUCAAUCUCUCCUCAAACGAGGGGGCAGAAGCGGCCCCCGAAGCGGCCAUCAAAGACCAUGCCAACCACACCGACGAAGACAUCGAGGUGGGCGAGGUCAAGCAGGAGAGCAAGUACGCGUACGACGACUCGCGUAAGCUGGGGAUCACAGGCGCCGUGUUUUUGAUCUUGAACAAGAUGAUCGGCACGGGUAUCUUUUCGACCCCCUCGAGCAUCUUUGCUGCGACGGGGUCCGUCGGCGUGUGCUUGUUUCUGUGGGUCAUUGGCGGCUUCCUCACGUUCUGCGGUCUCAGUGUCUGGCUCGAAUUCGGUCUCGCUAUCCCCCGCUCUGGCGGCGAAAAGAAUUACCUCGAACACAUCUACCGCCACCCCAAGUACCUUGCAACAUGCGUGCUCGCCUCGCAGAUGAUCCUCCUCGGGUUUUCGUCCGGCAAUUCCCUGGCUUUCGGACGCUACAUCCUCUACGCCGCCGGCGGCGAGCUCCAGGACAGCUACAAGGCGCGUGGUGUCGGUGUCGCCUGCGCAACCUUUGCGGUCGUCUUGCACACUGUAGCGCCUAAGUGGGGCAUCCGGCUGUUCAAUGUGCUCGGCGUGUUCAAGGUCGCGGUCCUGGUGUUUAUUGUGUUCUCUGGGUUCGCGGCGUUGGCUGGCCAUAGGCUGGUACCUGACCCGCGCAACUUCGAGAACGCUUUCGCGAUCGAGAGCGGCGAGGGAUACGGUGGCGGCGGUGCGUAUGCGUACUCCAACGCGCUGCUUAACAUUGUCUACAGCUACAAGGGCUGGGAGAACGCCAAUUACGUCCUGAGCGAGAUCAAGGACCCUCGGCGCACACUGACCAUCGCCGCGCCCCUUGCUGUCGGUGGCGUGACGAUUUUGUACGUCCUGGCCAACGUGGCGUACUUUGCGGCGAUCCCCAAGUCAGACUUGGCUACCUCAGAAGUCAUUGUCGCUGGUCUGUUCUUCAAGAACGUCUUUGGCGAUAGCGCCGGUGCUCGGAGUCUUCCGGCAUUUGUAGCGCUUAGCAACCUGGGGAAUGUGUUGGCUGUGAGUUUUGCGCAUGCCCGCUUGAACCAGGAGCUAGGCAAGGAGGGUCUGCUGCCGGGGAGCCGGUUUUGGGGAUCGAACAAACCGUUUAACUCGCCUGCUGCUGCGCUCUUCCUCCACUGGAUCGUGACUAUCAUUGUCCUCCUCGCCCCUCCCCCCGGACCGGCCUACAACUUCAUCGUUAACCUAUACACCUACCCUGGCGCCUGGAUCAACAGCUUUGUCGCUGCGGGUCUCAUCUACCUGCAAUACCAAAAACGCGAGCCCUGGAACCCCGGGUGGCGCACCUUUUUGCCGGUGACGAUCAUAUUUUUGCUCUGCAAUGCCUUCCUGGCCAUUGUGCCCUUCAUCCCGCCCGCGAGUGGUGACGUGUGGGCCGAUGGGUAUCCGUACUACGUUUUCCCCGUGGUCGGCGUUGGUGUUUUGAUCCUUGGCGGUAUCUACUGGACGCUCUGGACCAAGUUCUGGCCAGCGGUCAGGGGCCAUAAAAUUGUGUCGGAGCGGGUGAUUGGUGAGGAUGGGGACGAGGUUAUUCGAUAUCGCAAGGUGAAGACGCGUUAA